GUGAGUUAUACAGUGCACUUUUAUUUUAGACCUCAUUUACCUGCUCCACAACAACUGAUCGGAAAUGCCUCCUCUGCGCAAAUGAUGAAGUGGUUUCUCAGCGUUUGAAGCUGUCUCGCAGCAUAUUUCAUCGCGUAUUCAGCUGUGAACCUGCAUCUCCUUUCCCCUCACUCUUCCCCAGGUCCAGAGCUCAGCAGCAAGUGGGCUUGCCACAGAGAGGUUGUGCCCAGCUCCCACGUCGCGAAAAGGGGCGGUGUCUGUGUCGCCAUCGGAACCUUCCAUGCGGAAAGUUUCGCCAAAUCUGGGUUGGGCUCUUGGGGAACAGGUAAUAGGCUCAGGGGAAGCGGAGCAGAGCUUUCAGCACCGCGGACAGCGCCAGCCUCCUGGAGCGACCCCUGUCUCGCCGGGCUGCUUGACCGUUUCAGCACCGCGGACAGCAACCGACUGACCCUCAAGGUGGUGGCCUCGAACAAUUUGGCGAGGAUGGACAGCGACUAGACCCUGAGGGCGAGGUGAUGGACCACUGUGAAGUUGCAGGUAGGCAGUGAGGACUGCAGAUGUUGGGAUUCACAGUCAACAGAUGCAGAGCUGGGAAAACACAAGCAGGUCAGACAGCGUCCGAGGAGUAGAAAAGUUAACGUUUCAGGCCGAAACCCUUCGCCAAGGCUUGAAGUUGCAUUCUGUGAGUAAGGGAGGAACGGCAGAGGAGAUGGAUAAGGAAGCACUAUUUCCACCAGCCCUGCACGUCUCUGAACGCUGUCCUAAAGACUAAGCUUCCUUUUGGAAGAGUUUAUUUGGGGGACUCAUUGGUCCCAGGCGCCAACUCUCCUGCACGUAGCUAAGGGAUCAAAGAGUGUUCAGAAGAGAGAGAGAGAGAGACUGAUAGCCAGUUUCUAGCACAUAUUUGUAAUAUAUUUAGUAGCAAGCCUUUGAUACAAAUUGCAAAAUUCUGUCACGGGUAAAACAUAGCUGAGCACAGUUGCAGUGCAGUGCUGGACAGAGGAUGAAACACUUCAAGAAAGUUCUACCGAAGGCAUUCAGUGGAUUUCAAUCUGCUCAAAAAUGAAGCACCAAAUAUUUGCUUUGUGCAUGUCUGCCCUCAUGUAACGAGUGAGGAAAUGAACCUGCAUUUCGGUAGCACCUUCCAACACCGCGGGACUCCCCAGAAGUGGUCUGUGGUGGAUGCGGGAUCUUUUGAAGUUCCAGUAUAGGAAACACAUCUUGCUAAUCUCAGCACAGCAAGAUCCCACAACCAGUAUUGCAGUAAAGGCUGGGCGUGUCUGUGCUUUGGUGACAACAGCUGAGGGGUGGAUGUUGGCCCCAGCUCAUUGCAGAGAAGUCUGCACGCCAACUCUUCUUUGACAUAUUGCCCGUGAGACCUUUUAAUUCAUCUGAGGAGGCAGGUCACUGCCUGUGGGAUAACGUCUCAUUAUAACUUUGGUAUUAAUGACAAUUACGCAGCUAUAAAUAGCCUGCAUUUAAUUGUUUCUUAGUCAAUGAUUGGCAUGUUGCUUUGGCUUGGAGCAACAAUGAUUGGGACAGAUCUUGACAAUGCGACAGACAAUGAUUACUUGGAGAUUAACAGCACUUCAAUCUUUGAACCAGGCAAUUUUGGUGUCUUAGGGGCCUUCUACACCAUUUUACGAAUCACCAUAGCACUGAUCUACUCUGUCACGUGCGCCAUGGGGAUUUUGGGAAACCUCCUGGUCUUGUAUCUCAUCCAAGGCUUCAACAGACAGAGCCCGUCCACCAUCAACCGCUUCGUCUUCAACCUGGCCCUGACCGACUUCCACUUUGUGUUGGUGCUGCCUUUUUGGGCAGCGGAAAUUGUCCUGGACCACAUCUGGCCCUUCGGCCUUGCCAUGUGUAAGCUGGUCCUCUUUGUCACCGUGUUGAACAUGUAUGCGAGCGUCUUCUUCCUGACCGCCAUGAGUGUCAGCCGCUACUGCUCGAUGGUGCAAACUCUCAGACCGGGCAGGACUCCCUUCCGGCCCUGCAUGGUCAAGUGUGUCAUCCUGGCCAUCUGGCUUACAGCUAUCGCUGUGACCUUACCCCUGACCAUAUACUCCCAGACCGUCAAUAUCUACGGCGAUGAACUGUGCAUCCAGAAAUUCCCAGCUGGACAAUAUUUCUUGGCCUUCCAACACAUUCAGAGGAUCUUGCUGACUUUCAUAAUCCCCCUGACAGUCAUAACCGUCUGCUAUUUGCUGCUUAUAAGAUUUCUGCACCACCAUAAGCUGAGUGGCAACAAUGCAAAGAGGCAAUCCAAAGUCACCAAGUCUGUCAUCCUGUUGAUCAUGUCCUUUCUCCUUUGCUGGCUACCUAACCAUGUGAUAACCUGCUGGGGAGUGCUGGUCAAAUUAGAAUUGGUCCACUGGAGCAGAGCGUACUAUAUCACUCACACCUACAUCCACCCAUUCACCAUCUGCUUGGCCUACACCAACAGCUGCCUCAACCCCAUUAUCUACUGCCUGAUGCGGAGGGAGUUCAGGGAGGCAAUGAAGAAUGUCUUCCAAAGGAUCUCCUCCGUCAGCUCCCUGUGGACGUGCCAAGGCACCACCCUCUACCCGAGCCAACACGAAGCCAACCAGGUUGGCAUCCCCUUGAACCAAAUGAACAGCCAGCUGGAAUCCAACGCCCCCGGUCAGAGAUGUAACACGCUGCCUUCAACCACUUCCAGUCUUGUGCAACAGAACUGAAGGGUGCACUCCAAGUGCUGUCCACUUGGGGGCGCCCAACCUGUGGACUCCAUCUAUCGCUCAGUCUGACGGAAGAACAAUAUGCCUGUACGUGUAUAUAAUAAACCAUUCAGCAUCCCCAGCAACCUCCUUAGCCUUCCUG